AAUUUGAUUUACUGUAUUUAUACUCAAACAAAAAAAAUUAUUAACCAGGGAGUAACCAGUACUAUAUCUAGUUUUUUCCGUGGAAGAAAUUAAAAGACCCACCGAAAAAACUUUUUUUUUUUUGUAAAAAAUAACCGCACAGGGCUUUUUUUCAGUAACAAUUUUUUUUUUUCCAUUGUUUAUAUUGUUUCGAACAACUUCACAAAAUUUCAAAACGUUUCAAAUUUUUUGACCUCACCAUUUCUCUAAGGCACAACACAAUAAAUAUGCGGAAACGCGUAUAUUUAUCAACUACUAGUAACGCAGAACGAUUGCCAUUUUAGAUAAUUCUUGAAUGCAUAUGGUUUUAAUCAGGUUAAAAUUUACGCAACGAUCUCAAAAAUUAUAAAUUUUCAUUUAAUUAAUUUGAUAUAAACAAAAAAGAAAUAAAAAAAUGUCGUUUGUAGAUGAUUCUGCUACUCAUCGAAUACAAGAGCGAUUGAAAAAUAUAUACGAGUUAGUGAAGAAUAUCGAAAGUAAACGUAUAAAAUCAGAGGUUAGUUUGAACAAUAUAACAAACUUUCAUGAGAAAAUGGCGCUAAAUAACAAAAAGACAUCACAAUGUCAGCAAAAACUCAAAAAACUCUACGAUUCGGCGAUUAAAGAUGCUCAGCAAGAAGAAGAACUUUUGCGUUCGACCCUGACGAAGAUCAAUGAAAUACGUGCUAUUAGAAAUAAACGCAUAAUUGAAGCACGCAAUGCAGGUAAUAAAGAAUCAAUACGUCGUGGAACUUUGAUGAAAAUGUUACAAAGUACUGCUGUAACUUUGCCUCUGUACGUGGGUAAAAUACCUGGUGCUAAAGCACCACCACUCUGCGGUGCAGUACCUGCUGAAUCAACUUAUAUUGCUAGUAUGGGUGACAUCGUAGCUGCGUUGGUUAAAAGUUCAUCUGAUGAAGAAGAAAAUUGGAUUCUUGCAGAAGUUGUUAAUUUUAAUCCAGUUACAAACAAAUAUGAGGUUGAUGAUAUUGAUGAAGAACAAAAAGACCGUCAUACAUUAUCAAAAGGACGUAUUGUACCACUGCCACUGAUGAGAGCCAAUCCAGAAACCGAUUCACAUGCGCUUUUUCCGAAAGGUUCUGUCGUAUUGGCUCUUUAUCCACAGACAACGUGUUUUUAUAAAGCUGUCGUUAAUCAACUGCCUAAUUCAGCUACCGAAGAAUACGAAGUUUUGUUUGAAGAUGCUUCUUAUGCUGAUGGUUAUUUACCACCGCUCAAUGUCAAUCAGCGUUAUGUUAUUUCUAUUAAGGAGGGAAAAAAGAUCACAAGCUAGCUGAUGAUUACUAAUAAACAUAAAAUUAUUUUUUCAUCGAUUAAUGUAUAACGGAAUUUAUGUAUAACAUAUUGAUGUAUUCCGUAUGUUCUGUAUUUUUCAAAAUUAAACUUUUUUUUUAUUGCAAUUGAUAAACUAUUUGUAAACUAUAAUAUAUUUAUCUUGAUAAUUGAUUUAAUGAAAAAAAUGAUGUACUAACCAGGAGUAUUGAAAACUUGGUUGUAUUUAAUUAUUGACUAGUAAAUGUACUUUUAGUUUCAAUAAUUCAUGAUUCAAGAUCUAAGCGUUGUACUUCACAGUAAUAGUAUUAUAAAAAUAUAUCAGGAUUGUAAAAUUGAUGAUAUUUUGAAAAAAAUUUUUAGAUAUUAAUUUUCAUACAAAU